CAGCCGCCGCCGCCGCCGCCGCCAUGAAGCUGACCGACAGCGUGCUGAGGAGCUUCCGCGUCGCCAAGGUGUUCCGGGAGAACUCGGAUAAGAUCAACUGCUUUGACUUCAGCCCCAAUGGCGAGACGGUCAUCUCCAGCAGCGACGACGACUCCAUCGUGCUCUACGACUGCCAGGAGGGCAAACCAAAGAGAACCCUAUACAGUAAGAAAUAUGGUGUGGACCUCAUCAGAUACACUCACGCAGCAAACACAGUUGUUUACAGCUCUAACAAAAUAGACGAUACUAUUCGUUACUUGUCCUUGCAUGACAACAAAUACAUCAGAUAUUUUCCUGGACACAGCAAAAGGGUGGUGGCCUUGUCCAUGUCACCUGUGGAUGACACUUUCAUUUCUGGGUCUCUUGAUAAGACCAUUCGACUCUGGGAUCUGCGGUCUCCUAACUGCCAGGGCCUCAUGCAUCUACAGGGCAAACCAGUUUGUUCCUUUGAUCCAGAAGGGUUAAUUUUUGCCGCAGGUGUCAACUCAGAAAUGGUCAAACUUUAUGACCUUCGUUCUUUUGAUAAGGGACCAUUUGCAACCUUUAAGAUGCAAUAUGAUCGGACUUGUGAGUGGACAGGCCUUAAGUUCAGCAAUGAUGGCAAACUCAUCCUCAUCUCCACCAACGGCAGCUUCAUCCGUCUCAUUGAUGCAUUCAAGGGCGUGGUGAUGCACACAUUCGGGGGUUAUGCUAACAGCAAAGCUGUUACACUCGAAGCUUCAUUUACUCCAGAUUCACAAUUUAUUAUGAUUGGUUCAGAAGAUGGCAAGAUCCAUGUCUGGAACGGAGAGAGUGGCAUAAAAGUAGCUGUGUUGGAUGGUAAACACACCGGUCCCAUUACCUGUUUGCAGUUCAACCCCAAGUUCAUGACCUUUGCCAGCGCCUGUUCCAACAUGGCCUUCUGGUUGCCCACCAUUGAUGACUGAUCCUGAUGCAGCUGGGCUACUUGUACAGUGAGGGCAGCCAACAGGAAAAGGUCGGAGAUGACUGAGAUGACAGUGGGAUUGAUUGAUCAUUUGGGCUGGAGAACACCUUUUCACUUGGCCUUCCCAGGGAUGUGCUGUCCAUCUGCUCUAAGAAUUAUUUUGCUGAGCGCCUUCAAAAGAACUCCUGGUGCUGCAGACUCAGUUGGCACUCAGCCUUUCCAGCUCUUGGUGCGCCAAGCUCUUCAGAUACUUACAAUUAGGUUACAGUGGGGCUCUUGAGCCCCUUUGAAUGUAUUUGCUGCUGAGGAGCCAGUGAAGUCACCGGAUUUCUGCACAUCCUUCUCCCACUCACGGUUCUGGUUUUGAGAUAGUAGGGCAGCUCAGCACUCCUUGCCCUCACUUUGCAUGUCUUGUUACUGGGUCUCCCUGUGUAAUUAAUUGUGGCAUUUCAACCAUCAUGUUUCUUAGGUGCCAAACAUUUACAAAAAUAAGUCUUCAUAUACCUUGGGGUCAAAGAAAGGGCCAGACACGGAAGGCCACUAUUUGUUGGAAGGAGGCUUUACAGUAUUCCUGUGAGGUGCAUGGGGCAGACCCUGGCCUUGGAUGUUGGCUAGCAAAAAGCUCAAGAGCCUAAAA